GCUAGCUCGCGGAAGUCCUCCGCGAAAGGCGCUGGGACUCCUGGAUGCCCUGCGGCACAGGCAGGCAGGCUCGGCUGAGCUGGCCCGCAGCCGGCCGCCGCGAUGGUGCAGCUGUACAACCUGCACCCGUUUGGGUCGCAGCAGGUGGUGCCCUGCAAGCUGGAGCCCGAGCGGUUCUGCGGCGGGGGGCGCGACGCGCUGUUCGUGGCGGCGGGCUGCAAGGUGGAGGCGUUCGCCGUGGCGGGCCAGGAGCUGUGUCAGCCGCGGUGCGCCUUCUCCACGCUGGGCCGGGUGCUGCGCCUGGCCUACAGCGAGGCGGGAGACUAUUUGGUAGCAAUUGAAGAGAAAAACAAAGCUACCUUUCUGCGUGCUUAUGUGAACUGGAGAAGUAAAAGGACUGAGAACUCUCGAGUGUGUAUUCGAAUGGUUGGGCAUAAUGUGGAGACACCCUUCAGCGAAAACUUCAGAGACCAGAUGUCUAUUCUUGAAAUGCCACUUUCUGAGGCUCCCUUGUGCAUUUCCUGUUGCCCUGUGAAAGGAGAUCUUCUUGUUGGCUGCACAAAUAAGUUAGUCUUAUUUAGUUUGAAGUAUCAGAUCAUCAAUGAGGAAUUCUCAAUAUUGGACUUUGAACGUUCUUUAAUUAUACACAUAGCUAAUAUCACUCCUGUCGAAAUUUCUUUUUGUGUUGGAUAUGUCGGUGUCAUGUCAGACUUAGAAGUUUUAAUCCUAAAACUAGAGUUAGACCCUAAAAAUGGAGAGAGAGUUCACCACCAUCCACGUAAGACCAGCAAUCCAAUGAAACAGACAGAAGAAGGUAUCAGUAAUGAACUUUCACAGCUUGAGUCAGAUGAUUUUGUUAUCUGCCAAAAGCCCAUGGAGCUUCUUGGUAAAAAAAGCGAACAGUCCGGAUUAUCUGUUACACUGGAAUCUACAGGAUUAGCUGAUGAACAACUAAAGUAUUUCCACAUUCAGCACCUGCUCUACAGACGUUUUGCUCCUGAUGUUUCAUCCUAUGUCUUGCCUGAUGACAUCAAGUUGCAUUCCCUCCAGCUGCUACCCAUUUACCAGACAGGUUCUUCUGAUGGAAAAAAAUUGUCUCAGGAAAAAGAGUUGCUGAGUCUCUUUUGUUUUUUCUCCUUACCUCAUGUGGGCUAUCUCUACAUGGUUGUCAAAUCUGUUGAAUUAAUGUCAGUCUACCACUAUCCAGAGAAGUCUCAGCAGGCGGUGCUCACGCCGCAAUUCUUGCACGUCAUUACAAGGCAUGUUGGUUAUUGGCCUCCACUUUGCUCAGCAGUCUCCCUCCUCUUCCUCAGCAAUAACCUGCAGUGUUUCACGGUGCGGUGCAGUGCAGCGGCAGCUCGUGAGGAGGACCCAUACAUGGAUACCACCCUGAAGGCUUGCCCACCUGUCAGUAUGGAUGUCUGUGCUUUAAGAAUACAGCUUUUCAUAGGCUUGAAAGCCAUCUGUCACUUUAAAAACCACAUUAUACUUUUGACUAAGGCAGAUGCUGAGGCCAUUCCAGAGAGAAGAGAGUCACCCAAGAGGCUUCUUUCUAGAAAAGAUACCAGUGUUAAGAUCAAAAUACCUCCUGUAGCUGAGGCUGGGUGGAAUUUGUAUAUUGUGAAUACAGUCUCACCAGUGCAACUGUACAAAGAGAUGGUGGACUAUAGUAAUACCUACAAGACUGCCAAAACCCAGAGCUGCAUUCAUCUUCUCAGUGAGGCUCAUCUGUUAGUGAGAGCUGCCCUGAUGGAUGCCACUCACCUGGAACCCGGGGAGAAAGCAGAACUUCUGGAAGUAUUUAAGGAAAGCUGUGGGCACCUUGGGGACUGUUACAGCAGGCUUGACACCCAGCAUUCUCACCUCACCUUGCCGUACUAUAAGAUGUCUGGUUUGUCUUUGGCCGAAGUUUUGGCCCGCGUGGACUGGACAGGAGAGGGUGCAUCACAGAAAUAUGAGAGGGGAUUAAUCUUUUAUAUUAAUCAUUCACUUUGUGAAAACCUGGAUGAGGAAUUAAGUGAAGAAUCAGCAGCAAAAGUGGUUCAGAUGUUUCACGUGGCUGAGCCGAAGCAACUGCCCCAUAUUCUUUGUAGUCCUUCUCUGAAGAAUAUUAAUCCUUCAACUGCCUUGAGCUAUCUGAGGAAGCUGGAUGCUUCUGGGUUGUCAUCGAUCUUACUGACAUUGACUAAGGCAGCAAUGGCUCUGAAAAUGGGAGAUCUUGACAUGCACAGAAAGGAAAUGAAAAGCCAUCCAGAGAUGAAGUUGGUAUGUGGCUUCAUUCUGGAACCUCGACUGUUGAUUCAACAGAGGAAGGGACAGAUUGUUCCAACUGAGCUUGCAAUUCACUUGAAGGAGACUCAGCCUGCAUUACUUGUGGCUUCAGUCCUGGGUUUGCAGAAGAACGACAAAAUUGGAAUUGAAGAAGCAGAUUCCUUUUUUAAGGUGCUUUGUGGUAAGGAUGAAGAUACGAUUCCUCAGCUCUUGGUAGACUUUUGGGAAGCUCAGCUGGUGGCAUGUCUCCCAGAUGUGGUACUUCAGGAACUCUUUUUUAAGCUCACAUCACAGUAUAUCUGGAGGUUAUCUAAGAGGCAGCCUCCUGACACCACACCGUUGCGAACAUCAGAAGAGCUGAUAAAUGCCUGUGGUCAUUAUGGCUUAAUCUAUCCAUGGGUUCACAUCUUAAUAUCAUCUGAUGUCUUAGCUUAUGAAAAUUACACAGAAGAUCUUUUAAAAUUGCAGUCUCUUAUGUGUGGUCCUUCAUUUGACAUAGCUUCCAUUAUUCCGUUCUUGGAGCCACUCUCAGAAGACACUGUUGCUGGCCUCAGUGUGCAUGUUCUGUGUCGUACACGCUUGAAAGAGUACGAACAGUGCAUAGACAUACUGUUAGAGAGAUGCCCGGAGGCCGUCAUUCCAUAUGCUAAUCAGGAACUGAAAGAAGAGAACCGGACUCUGUGGUGGAAAAAACUGCUGCCUGAACUUUGUCGGAGAAUAAAAUGUGGCGGAGAGAAAUAUCAACUUUACCUGUCAUCAUUAAAAGAAACAUUGUCAAUUGUUGCUGUGGAACUGGAACUAAAGGAUUUCUUGAAUGUUCUCCCAGAAGAUGGCACUGCAGCAUUUUUCUUGCCUUAUCUUCUUUACUGCAGUCGAAAGAAAUCAUUGACUUGAAGGUAUCAUUCGAGAAACACCAUAAUGGCAUUUGAGACUGAGUUUCUGAAAGUUGAAUGCCAGGUAAAAAUACAAGUAAAGGAUUUUUUGUUUUUUGUGCAUG